UUCAAUUUCGAUUUCAAAUUUUGAAAUCAAUCAAUCAAUCUCGCUCGCUCUCUCUCUCUCUCUCUCUCUCUCUCAAACAAGAACAGUAUAGUGAUGGAGAACCUUGAGAUCAUAUUGGAUCCAGAGACGGAGUUCCUUUACUCGAAACAAGAGACCGGUAAUGAAUGGGAACUAUACAAGGAGAAUGUGAAGCCGUUGAAGAGAGGCCGAAACGUUCGCCUCCUAAACGACGCCCUCAAAUCCCAGACCGACAAUCAACUCAAGAAAUCUCUCCUUGAGACUCGAAGGAGGUUGAUUGAAGCGAUUGAUGAGUACAAAGGGGACGACCCUCUUCAACCGUGGCUCGAUUGCAUUAAAUGGGUUCAGGAGGCUUUCCCUCCUGGCGGAGACGGCUCAGGACUGGUUGUGAUUUAUGAGCAAUGUGUGCGUGCAUUUUGGCAUGAAGACCGCUACAAGGAUGAUCUCCGUUACCUAAAAGUGUGGUUGGAAUAUGCUGAAAAUUGUGCUGAUGCCGAAGUAAUAUAUAGCUUUUUGGAAGCAAACAAAAUUGGGCAGACACAUUCUAUUUUCUUCAUGUCAUAUGCUUUGCACAUGGAAUCCAAGAACAAGAUUAAAACUGCAAAUGAAAUUUUUAAUCGAGGGAUGUCUAGGGAUGCUCAACCAAUUGAAAAAUUGAAGGCUGCUUAUAAGAAAUUUCUUGCGCGUUCAAUGGGAAGACCAAAAGCUACAGAUGAGGACUUAACAGAAAAUCGUUUGCCAUUCCGAAGCUUUGGAACUAUCUUGGCUAGGGGAGAAACCCGAGCCCAAACUACAGAGAGUUCUGAUUUUCCUAGGAAAAAAUUGAAGCAGGAUAGGGCUCAUGGGGCUCCACUUACCAUUUUCAAAGAUACCAGAAUUGAUGUCAGCUUGGUUCAUCAACCAGAGUUGUCCAAAACAGACUCAAAAUCUUGGCAUGGUCUUGGAGGUCGAGCAGAGAGAAAUAAAGAGAAUAAUGCAAUUCCUACCAAGUGGACAUCAAAUAAGAUUCCACGUAGACUUGGGCCUAGAACUGGAGGAGCAACUGCCAGUGCUUGCAUUGAGGUAUUUGUCGAUGAGGAAUGUGCUGAAAAUAAAGUGAGCAGUGAGGUUGGAAAGUCGUCUGUUUUGCAGCUCAGACACGGGGAUGGUCAAGACCUUAAAAAGGAAUCGAAGCUAUUGAGAGAAAACCCAUUACGCAACUUUUCACCAAAUUUUCUUCCCAGAUAAUCAACAUACAAUGCUCAUCUAUGUUUGUUAUGUUGUAUGAGUUAAUGUACGGGUCAGCUUUUAUCUUAAAGCUUGAUCCCAUUGUUAUCCAUGAAUAUUUUCUAAUUGCUAAGAAAAUUUGAACCUGCUAUGUUUUAUUGUCAUUCCAUAAAUUUUAAUGGAAUCUUGCACAAGCACACUUGUGGUAUGUGUACCUAAUACGUUUGUGCUAUUUUCCUGA